CUAUUUCACAAUCUAGUGAAAGGCAAUGAUGAUACACUGGUGUUGGAGAGAAGAGGGAAAUUGGAAUUGCCAAGAUGACGUGAUACAAGGAAAUAUCCGCAUGUCUCUCUUUCCUCACUAUAAAAUCGAAUUUUGUUAGUUCUCUCAGAUCCCCUUGUCAAGGACUAGGAUUGCGGUGGAGAAAAGGAUAAAGGUAAAAUAUAAAGCAAUGUUGAAGUUUUAUAAGCCACUAUAACCAUACAUAAAAACAUACUCCUAAAAGGUUCAAUAAUACAGGAUUCAAAAGACAACGUCACUGUUAAACAUGGAAAUUGAAGAGCCUUUGAGUUGUGAUAUUUCAAUGGUUGUCUCUGAGUCUGAUGAUGAUAUUAUAUUCGCCAACUCACAAGAAGAUAUUACUUUAAUUAAAGACGACUCUGCCACGUCUAGUAAUACUGAAGCUCACUGUUCAAGAACAGAAAUUAAUAAUUCGUCUGAUAAAAAUGAAACAUCACAUACAGAAAUUCCAUGGCGAGGCACUCCACUCCACAAACUGGUAAAAACUACAGGAAAAGAUGUAUACCCUCCAGUGGCAGUCAGCCCACAACACACUGUUUUAUUCAAGCUGCCAGUGAAGGAAGGUCAAGUGCCUAAACCAUGGCCAGAGAAACCACAAGACAACUGGGAUCAGAACCAUGUCCGUAUGCCACACUCGGCCUCAAACCUCUAUCCAGUCACUCCAACAGAGCUGAGGAGUAGAUGGGAACUGGUGCAGCAGGCACUCAGCAGCCCUAUCAGCAAUAGUCAGCAGCUGGAGGCGGCCAUCUUACACUACAACUCCAAGUACAGCGACCGCUGGGACUUCCGGGCGCUUCACUCUUUCUUCUCUACGGCUCUGGAGGAAGUGGAGACAGAGCAUUUCUUCGCAAAGGUGUUGCCGAAGGUAGUGAAGUUGGCACUCAGCCUGCCGACACUGCUGACCCAGGGGGUGCCUCUGCUGAAGCAGCAUGUCUCACACUCGAUCAGUCUUACUCAGCAGCAGAUCAGCUGUCUGCUGGCCAACGCCUUUCUCUGCACAUUCCCUUGUAGAAACACCGACAAGAAGGAUUCUGAGUAUAGUACUUAUCCCAGCAUCAAUUUCAAUAGACUUUUCACGGCAGGGAAUAAAGGUAGACUUCCACCUCUUCACGAAAAACUGAAAUGUUUAAUAAACUACUUCAGGAGAGUUACCACAAAAGUGCCUGAAGGCGUUGUGACGUAUUCACGACACUACGUCCCACCGGGGGAGCUGCCAGACUGGAGUAAGGCUACCAACAGACUGCCCAACAUGUACGUCUCGAGUACUGGCACGAUAGAGGACGAGGGUACCAACAUGCUUCAGGUGGAUUUUGCCGACAGGUUUAUAGGAGGACUUGUGUUUGGCCGAGGCUGUGUUCAAGAGGAGAUUCGCUUUGUCAUCUGUCCGGAGUUGCUUCUCGCUCGUCUCUUCACAGAAGUUCUGGACGACACCGAAGCCAUCAUUAUCAGCGGCUGUGAGAGGUUCAGCACGUACCAAGGAUACUCCAACACGUUUGAGUGGACCGGUAAUGUGGAGGACUCUACUCCUCGGGACAGUGGUGGACGUCGUCUGUGUACGGUGCUCGCCAUCGACGCAACUCGUUUUCAGAGUGGCAAGACACAGUACUCGGAGGCACAUAUCAGCAGAGACCUUAACAAGGCAUACGCAGGUUUCUCUUGGGGUGUAGCCAGUGGAAGUUGGGAGAGCAUAGCAACCGGGAACUGGGGCUGUGGAGCGUACAGGGGUGAUGCCAACCUCAAAACCUUGCUACAGCUGAUGGCAGCGGCUGUGACAGGCCGAGAUAUGGCCUAUUUCACCUUCGGGAACACUAAGCUGAGGGACAGGCUGGCAGACAUGCACAGCUUCCUUGUCAAACAUCAGGUCACUGUAGGUAAGUACUGGGACUGUGGAGCGUACAGGGGUGAUGCCAACCUCAAAACCUUGCUACAGCUGAUGGCAGCGGCUGUGACAGGCCGAGAUAUGGCCUAUUUCACCUUCGGGAACACUGAGCUGAGGGACAAGCUGGCAGACAUGCACAGCUUCCUUGUCAAACAUCAGGUCACUGUAGGUGACCUAUGGAAGAUAAUUACCAGCUAUAUUCCAGCACUGUAUCGUCACAGCCUGUACGAUCACAUCUAUAGUACAGUGACAAACGGCUCAGUUCCAGUGCCAUUCAAGGGGGUAAACCACCCAGCUUUCAAGAAACAGAGGGUUCUGGACAGCAGCAGAGGAAGUGGAAUUAAAAAGGAAACAAUGAGACAAUCAGAAGGCAAAAAGGAGUCGCCAUCAGAGAAACAAGCGGUCAAAGUCAACAAUAAUCAUAAACUUAGCUCAGAAGAAAUAGAAAAGGCGUUGGACAAUAUUGAAAAUGGAGAAGAAUGCACAGAGGAAACAAAACCUUUGGAAGCAAAGACAUUGAGUAUCAAAAGUGACAAGGAAUUGUGUCUGAAAAGACUCAGCAGUAGUUGGACAAAUCUCAAUGACUCUAAAAAAGACUUUGGUUCCAGUGAGCAGUCGGUAAGAACGGAACAGUCCAGUGAAACUCUGCAGGGGUCAAGUUCCGGCACAGCCAGGCAAAGCCAAAAAACAAACCAGAAGAAAAAAAUAUCAGACUAUUUUCAAUCAGUCUCUAAGUCUUAGUGAUAACUUUCAAAAUUACACUUGUAAAAUAUAAUGUUUACUGCAGAAACACAAAAAUGUAAUUAUUGUUAUAUUGUACAUAUUUCUUUUGUAAAGUAUGUCAAUAAAUAUUAUUUUUUAUAAAGA